GAAAAAAAUAAAAUAAUGGUUUUUUCACAGACGGACCAUGACCCUCGGAAUCCGGCUUACAUAGCCACACAAGGGCCGUUACCACAGACCACGGCUGAUUUCUGGCAAUUAGUCUGGGAACAAGGCAGCGUGGUGAUUGUGAUGUUAACACGACUUACGGAGGAAGGCCGCGCCAUGUGCCAUCGUUACUGGCCCGAGGAAGGAUCCGAGCUCUAUCAUAUCUACGAGGUACAUCUGGUGUCGGAGCAUUUUUGGUGUGAUGAUUAUCUAGUGCGUUCCUUCUAUCUGAAAAAUCUGCGCACUUGUGAAACUCGUACUGUUACGCAAUUCCACUUCCUCUCUUGGCCGGAGAACAGCGUCCCGUAUUCUACAAAGGCUCUGCUCGAAUUCCGCAGGAAAGUUAAUAAAUCGUAUCGUGGAAGGUCAUGUCCGAUAGUCGUGCAUUGCAGUGAUGGAGCUGGGCGAACCGGUACUUACUGUUUGAUCGACAUGGUCCUAAAUCGUAUGACGAAGGGAGCGAAAGAAAUCGAUAUUGCUGCUACUCUCGAGCAUAUUAGAGAUCAAAGACCCGACAUGGUUGCUACGAAACAACAGUUCGAAUUCGUCCUGAUGGCAGUGGCGGAAGAGGUACAUGCGAUUCUCAAGGCUUUACCCGUAUCAUCAAAUGAGAAGUCCGUUACAGCUACCGGUUCUUCAUAAAAUCGGAGCAGUGAAACUAAAGCUGCGACGCAAAUUUAAUCCUAAACAGUAUAAAAGAAACCUAACGACUUUUAAUUCUAAUAGAUUUAAAAAAUAAGAAUGUUAUUUUUUUUAUGUUUAUUCACAAAUUUUAUGAAAAAUUGGAAAGAUUUAAUUUUUUUAAAUGUGAUUUUUGAAGUUCUGAUCUUGUUAGUAUUAUUGUUGCGAUGUGAGAAAUCUGAGUAUAUAUAUAUAUAUACUCAGAUUUGAAAUUAUUUAUCGGCUAUUUUAUACUCUUCAGGAUUAAAAUAAUCGAAAUACGAGCGAGGAUAAAAGAUAUCUAUUCUGUUAAUUUCGAUGUAUCAUGAAAAAGCUAAAUACUUUUACUAGCUGUUUACUACGAUGUACCCUACUGGAAAAGAGUGAAUCAAUCGAUUUUUUGUUAGAAUUUUCUACACGCUCGGUAUUUCCCGAUUGACGCACUUUCACUGUUUUAGAGUGCACCAAACGUCGCGAGCUUCUUUUGUAUUUCGAUUGUAUUUCCUCAAAAUGCGAAAAGAAUGAUGAUUGAUUUAAACUUGUAUAACGAGAAAUAUGUAACUGUAUAAUCGGAGCGUAUUAAUUUUCAAAUACAGCCUUAAUUUAAGAACAAUAUGUAAAGAGAGGAAAAGUAAGCGAUAUUUGUAUAUGUUAAGACAGCUUGAAGUAUAAACGUGGUCAAUCUUAAUUCUUUUUACUGCUAUACUCUGUAAGAUGGUAUUGUUUUAUUUUUUUAUUAUAUCGACUAAUCUAAUAACGUCCUUUGUCGCUCAUUCAAACGCGGCCUAUUUCAAGGGUCAAGUAUGGACAACAAACAGACAGAUGGACCCGGUUAGGUGUUACUCGAGAUAUAUGCAAUGUCAACAACUGAACGAUUAUUACUGUACGAUCGAUCGGUGAAAAAAACGGAACAUUUUAUACUAAUAGAUUCGAGACUAACUAGCACCUCGAUUUUUUAUCGUUAAACACUUACGUUUGAGAUUGGAGUUUUAUUUAAUUGAUAUAAAAAUUAUAUUUGGUAUAAAUCAUGGACUCUGACGAUCAGACUGACUUGGCUGCAUUUAGCAUUAAAUAUGCGAUGUGAGUGAUGAGCCGGAAUGUUUAUUGUUUGUGGACAAAAUAUAUUGUUUUUCGUAGAGUCUAUGGAAUAUUUAUAUAUAAAAUCAUCUCUAUCGAAUUUUAAUACUUUAAUUAUUAAAGAAAUGUAUCACUGGCUUAAUCUAAUCAUAAUUAUUAAAUUUAUUUAGAAAACAUAUUUAUGGAAGAUAGGACAGUCUGUUAUAUUGUAAAACGUUCGCAAAAAAAGUCAAGAUUUUCUUGCGUAUACAUAAUUUGUGUACACUGAUUGAAUUACAUUAAAUUCAAAUCUUAAAAAAAAAAAUUAGUCGGACGCAGUUAGUAGUGCGUGAAUUCUUCGAUUUAAAAGUAUCUGUAGUUAAAAUAUUACAUAAAAUUAAUACAAA